CUGAGCUGCUGAUGUCUCCCAGCAGCCCCAGUCCAUAGCAACAGGAAACCUUGGUAUAAAAAGCCUCGUCGGAGGGGGAACCCUCCUAAGUGUCUCUCAGUCGCAGCAUGACCAGGACCGAGAGCCUGAGAGUGUGGACUUAACAAAACAAUGCCCAGCCUAAUCGUCGAACCACUCAACACACAGCACUUCAUCAUGGACAGAGAUGACAGGAAGAGAAACAAGAACAUUGGAAAGAACUUUAUGUGCCGACUCCAGUGCAUGUUCUCACACUCGUCAAGCUCUGAGAGCAGGCUAAGUUUAGAAGAUACCCAACAAUGGUCACAGUCACUGGAAAGGCUUCUGGAGUCUAAAUAUGGGUUGGCCACUUUUCGUAACUUUCUGAAAUCUGAGUACAGCGAUGAGAAUAUUGAGUUCUGGCUCACCUGUGAGGACUACAAGAAGAUCAAGUCUUCGUUCAGAAUGUCCUCAAGGGCCAAGAAGAUUUAUGAGCAGUUCAUCAAAGCAGAAUCUCCUAAAGAGAUCAACAUUGACUAUCACACUCGAGAGCAGAUCAAAAGGAACGUCAAGACUCCCAACAUGCACUGCUUUGACGAUGCUCAAAAGAUAGUUUACGGGCUGAUGGAAAGAGACUCGUACCCGCGGUUCCUCCGUUCUGACAUUUAUAGAACUCUCCUGGAAAACCUCACCUCUGACGCUACGAAGGGAUGAAAACACGGCCGACGGGAGAGAGAAAGGACAUAAAACCCAUAACUGGAAUGUUUGAGCUCCUUCAGGAGGAAGGACUGGCCAACAAAGAAGGAAGGAGCGUCAAUCAGUGCGCCACAUAGACAAAAACAGAGGCCUCGCGCCUUGGUGUCGUCACUAGAUCCAGAAGCAAACUGCGCCUCAUUCCCGCUAAGGGAGGAUCCCCACACUGAGCAUCGCACACCUGUGCAACAAAAAGAAGAAGAAACAUGACCAGCCACAAUGAUAAUAACCCUGUAGCAUGUGUUUGCACUGGAUGAUAAGUCUGUGUACGUAGGCAAAUUGACUGAUUCUGACAAUGAAUGAAUCAGCGGGUGACUGACGCCUGCUCUGAUCGUGGGUUUGCGUAAGCAAACCAUGCAACGGACCUCCCUUUCCCUUCUUUGCAGAGGUGUUUCCUGUGCAGAUAGGAUGUAAGAUGCAACAGUCACACUCCAUUAGUUCUGUGUGUGUGUGUGUGUGUGUGUGUGUGUGUG